CUGCAGCAGCGAGGAGGGAGCCGCAGCUCCACGGACGGUGCCGCUCGCCCCAUGGAGCUUUAGUCUCGAGCACAAACAAGGCCCGAGGCAGGCGCAGCCGCUGGGACGUUCCUGAGCCCCGCGCGUGCCGGCGUCUCCUCCCGCCGUGCGGCGCUCCGGGAUGGCCGCGAGGUGACGACGCUCGACGAUGACCCUGACUGAAAGGCUGCGCGAGAGGAUUUCGCGGGCGUUCUACAGCCACGGGCUGCUCUGUGCUUCCUACCCCAUCCCCAUCAUCCUCUUCACCGCCCUCUGCAUCCUCGCCUGCUGUUACCCGCUGCUUAAGCUGCCCUUGCCUGGCACAGGACCAGUGGAGUUCAGCACCCCGGUGAAGGACUAUUCCCCCCCUUCUGCAGAUCCCAACCUCCAGCAAGGGGAUCUCAGCGAGCGUCCCGACUGGUACGUCGGCGCUCCGGUGGCCUACAUCCAGCAGAUCCUUGUGAAAGCCACCGUGUCCCCGUGGCAGAAGAACUUCCUUGCCGUGGAUGUGUUCCGUUCGCCGCUGUCCCGCGUCUUCCAGCUGGUGGAGGAGAUCAGAAACCAUGCCCUGAGGGACAGCGCUGGGGUCAAAAGCCUGGAGGAACUUUGCCUGCAGGUGACGGAUCUUCUGCCGGGCCUGAGGAAGCUGCGGAAUCUGCUCCCCGAGCACGGCUGCCUCUUGCUGUCUCCGGGGAACUUCUGGCAGAAUGACCGCGAGCGCUUCAACGCUGACCCAGACAUCAUCAAAACCAUUCAUCAGCACGAACCAAAGACAUUGCAAACAUCAGCUACGCUCAAAGAUCUGUUGUUUGGACUCCCUGGGAAGUACAGUGGGGUGAACCUCUAUAACAGGAAGCGGGUGGUAUCAUACACUGUCACCCUGGGGCUCCAGCGCUAUGAUUCUAGGUUCCUCAGCAGCCUCCGCGCUCGCCUCAAGCUGCUCCAUCCCAGUCCUAACUGCACCCUGCGAGAGGAGAACAUCGUUCACGUGCACUUCAAGGAAGAGAUCGGCAUUGCCGAGCUGAUCCCCCUUGUCACCACCUACAUUAUACUCUUCGCUUACAUCUACUUCUCCACACGGAAGAUUGACAUGGUGAAGUCGAAGUGGGGCUUGGCGCUGGCAGCGGUGGUGACAGUGCUCAGCUCCCUGCUCAUGUCGGUCGGCCUGUGCACGCUCUUCGGCCUCACGCCUACCCUGAACGGAGGAGAGAUCUUCCCGUACUUGGUUGUCGUGAUCGGCCUGGAGAACGUGUUGGUCCUCACCAAGUCCGUUGUCUCGACUCCCGUUGACCUGGAAGUGAAGCUCCGCAUUGCCCAAGGCUUGAGCAACGAGAGCUGGUCCAUUAUGAAGAACAUGGCCACGGAGCUCGGGAUCAUCCUCAUCGGCUAUUUCACCCUCGUCCCAGCCAUCCAGGAGUUCUGCCUCUUUGCCGUCGUUGGCCUCGUCUCCGACUUCUUCCUGCAGAUGUUGUUCUUCACCACGGUGCUGUCCAUCGACAUUCGCCGCAUGGAGCUGGCCGACCUCAACAAGCGGCUGCCGGCCGAGGCGUGCCUGGCGGCGGGCAAGGCGAGCGGGCGCGCGGCGCGCCACGAGCGCCCGCCGGCGCUGCGCCCCGCCACGCCGCACACCAUCACGCUGCAGCCCUCCUCCUUCCGCAACCUGCGCCUGCCCAAGAGGCUCCGCGUCAUCUACUUCUUCGCCAGGACGCGUCUGGCACAGAGGCUCAUCAUGGCUGGGACGGUGAUCUGGAUCGGAAUCCUGGUGUACACGGACCCCGCCGGCCUCCGCACCUACCUCACGUCGCAGGUCACGGAGCAGAGCGCGCUGGGGGACGCCGGCCUGCCUGCCAUGCCCGUUCCCGGCGGCGUCCUGCCCGCGGGGGACCCCAAGAUCGAUCUCUCCGUCUUCCCGUCGGACGCCGUGCUGCUCUCGGAGAACCAGAGCCAGCAGCGCGAGCAGAAGCCGGGGCUGGACUCGCUGAGCAGCCUGGAGACGAGCCAGCACACGUGGGCCCACGGCGCGGAGGGCAGAGGGAACGGGCCGGAGCUUGGAGCCGAGGCCGAGGUCACCUGGGGAGCCGAGGAUGAGGAGAUCUGGAGGAAGCUCUCCUUUCGCCACUGGCCCUCCCUCUUCAGCUACUACAAUAUCACGCUGGCCAAAAGAUACAUCAGCAUCCUUCCCGCCAUCCCGGUGACGCUGUACCUGAAUCCGCAGGAGGCCCUGGAAGUGCGGCACCCCCAGGAGGCGAGGCGCUACCACCCAUUCCCGGCGCCCGCCGGCAGCCCCGACGCCCAGGCGCCGCCCGAGCCAGGCCCAGCCAAGGUGCAGGGGCACCGGGACGUCACCCUCUACAAGGUGGCCGCGCUGGGUCUGGCCGCGGGCAUCAUCCUGGUGCUGCUGCUCUUCUGCCUGUACCGGGUGUUCUGCCCCAAGAACUACGGGCAGAACGGGCACAGCCGGAGGAAGAGGGGGGACCUGCCCUGUGACGACUACGGCUACUCGCCGCCCGAGACCGAGAUCGUGCCCUUGGUCCUCAGGGGCCACCUCAUGGACAUCGAAUGUCUCGCCAGCGACGGGAUGCUGCUCGUCAGCUGCUGCCUGGUGGGCCAGAUCCGCGUGUGGGACGCUCAGACCGGAGACUGUCUCACUGUUAUUCCCAAACCAAGGUUGCGAAGAGACAGCAGCGGCAUUUUCGAUUACCAGGAGAGCUGGGAGCAGAGCCCGGAGGGCAAGAACGGCCUGGAUGACUCCUUGGAGAACGGCCACCAGCUCAAGAGGCUGCUGAGCCCGCCGCAGCCUCCGCUUUUCUGCGACCAGCCGGACCUCACCUCCCUCAUCGACACCAACUUCUCGGAACAGGUGAAGGUGGCCGAGUCGGAGCCGCGGCUCCGCGCCGUGGGCGCCCGCCACAAAGCCGCUGGCUACGAUUUCAGCAGCCUGGUGAGCAAGGUGUACGAAGAGCAGAGCACUUCCAACUGCCUGAACUUGGGCGGCCUCCCGGCCCCGCACGGCCAGGCCAGCUUCUGCGUGGGGCCGGGCAGCGCCCGCUCCGAGGAGGGAGGCUGCAGCGGCCGCAGGAGGAGCCUGGGCGAUGAGGCUUGCCCUGCGUUUGACAAGGCCUCGCCCGUUUCUUCCUGGGGGGGAGACUUGGAAAGCUCCGUGUGGAGCCUGGACCUGCAGGGCAACCUCAUUGUGGCCGGCCGGAGUAACGGGAAGCUGGAGGUGUGGGACGCCAUCGAGGGCACCCUGCGGAGCAGCAACGAGGAGGGUCAGUCCGGCAUCACGGCACUCGUGUUCCUCAACAACAGGAUCGUGGCUGCCCGCUUGAACGGCUCCUUGGAUUUCUUCUCGCUGGAAACACACACGGCCUUGAACCACCUGCAGUUCCGAGGCACCCCGAGCAGGAGCAGCGCCGCGGCGGCGCCCGCGCCCGCCAGCAGCGACGGCGUCCGCUGCCAGCUCACGCACACCGUGUCCUGCGCCCACCACAAGCCCAUCACGGCGCUCAAGGCCGCGGCCGGGCGCCUCGUCACGGGCAGCCAGGACCACACGCUGCGGGUGUUUCGCCUGGAGGACUCGUGCUGCCUCUUCACGCUGCAGGGCCACUCGGGGGCCAUCACCGCCGUCUACAUGGACCAGACCAUGGUGCUGGCGAGCGGCGGCCAGGACGGGGCCAUCUGCCUCUGGGACGUGCUGACGGGCAGCAAGGUGAGCCACAUGUACGCCCACCGCGGGGACGUCACCUCGCUCACCUGCACCGCCUCCUGCGUCAUCAGCAGCGGCCUCGACGACGUCAUCAGCAUCUGGGACCGCAGCUCGGGCAUCAAGCUCUACUCCAUCCAGCAGGAGCUGGGCUGCGGCGCCAGCCUGGGCGUCAUCUCCGACAACCUGCUGGUGACGGGCGGCCAGGGCUGCGUCUCCUUCUGGGACAUCGGCUACGGGGACCUGCUGCAGACCGUCUACCUGGGCAAGAGCAACGAGUCGCAGCCGGCGCGCCAGAUCCUGGUGCUGGAGAACGCCGCCAUCGUGUGCAACUUCGGCAGCGAGCUCAGCCUCGUCUACGUGCCCUCCGUGCUGGAGAAGCUGGACUGAGCGCGGGGCCUCCUCAGCG